AUGGCGCCGGCGGGGCACGAGCUAAGUGGCUCCCACUCGCGGUAUCGCAGGUCAGGCGGCAGCAUACAUGUGAAGGACGUCGACUCAAUCGGCGAGUAUCUAUCCGGCGGGCGCGAGCAGCUUCCGCCGAGAUCCUCCUGCCUCGUCGAUGACGUUCAACUACUCCGGCGGUCGCUGAGGACGCAAAGCCCGGCCUCGGGAGGCGACGGGGAUCCCGCUGGCGCACUCGGCGAGGAUGGGGUGGAGGGGCCACGCCCGGCGGACCACGACGCGACCUCGGCGUACCAGUCCGACAACGUCGGAAACGCAACGCGACUGAUCGACCUCGCCCGAAGCGCGUCCGGGCAAUCAGCGGCGGCGCUGGCCUCGACGGCCGAGCUCCGGGCCGCCAUCGUGACGGAAUGGGCGUUCACCGUGGUGACGCCGCUCAACAGGAACCGGUGGAACCUCAAUAUGGAGGCGAACCUGGCGUUCCGGGUCCAGGAUCGGUCGACGAUGCGCACCUUCAUCUCUGAGCACAGGUGGAAGGAGGGCCUGCCGAAGGAGGAAGAGGCCAUCAUGAUGCUCAACUAG